UCUAUCACACCGGAAGAGAAGUAGGUCCUUUUCCCAGCCAUCUUGUGGCUUCAUCUAGCGAAGUGUUCGCACCAAGCCUCGUAGAAUCGGAGGAAAAUCCUGCUGAAGGGGCGCCAUCAUGCCCGGACAAAUGCAAGAAGGUUUUGGCUGUGCCAUAACCAAUCGGUUCGACCAGUUAUUUGACGAUGAGUCGGAUCCAUUUGAACUGCUGAAGCAGGCCGAAGUGAAGAAGAAGGAGGCUGCUGUUCCUGGUGCCGCCAAGACUGCAGCCCAGGCUGCCAAGCAGCCGAAAAAGGAGUCCCAGAAAGACAGAAAGACCCCACUGACCGACAAAAAGGAGGAAACCCAGGCCCCCGUCCCUCUCAAGAAAGAUGGUGCCGGCAUCAGGAGAAUGGGCCGCAAGCCGGAGGGUGAUGGCUCCAGACCCCAGGGCACCCAGGGAGAGGGGCGCCCCCCCACAGACAGAAGGCCGGCGGACAGGCGGCCCCCUCGCCGCUUCGAGAGGCCUGCUGGUGAAGCUGGCGAGAAGCCUGAGGGAGGCGAGUUCUCAGUGGAAAAACCUGCUGGCGACAGACCGAUGAGAGGACGCGGUGGCGGCAGAGGAGGUCGUGGAGGAAGAGGACGCGGCAUGGGUCGCAGCGAUGGCUUUGAUUCCAGAGGAAAGCGUGAAUUUGAUAGACACAGCGGCAGUGACCGAUCUAGUCUGAAAGGUGAAGAGAAGCGUGGUGGAAGCGGAUCUCACAACUGGGGCACUGUCAAGGACGAACUAAAUGAGCUUGACCAAUCAAACCUUACUGAAGAGAACCCUGAGGGUGAGGAGCAUCCACCUGCUGACUCUGAGAACAAAAGGGAGAAUGAGGUAGAGGAAGUAAAGGAAGAAGGCCCUAAGGAAAUGACUCUGGAUGAAUGGAAGGCCAUGCAGGACAAGGAGCGGGCCAAGGUGGACUUCAACAUCCGUAAGGCCAAUGAGGGGGAUGCUGACUGGAGCAAAGGAUUUGUGCUGCACAAGUCCAAGGUGGAGGUGAGUCAGGACAAGAAAGGUGAACUGAUUGACCCUGAGGUUGAAGAGCCAAAGGUAAAACCUCUGCUUUUGGUAGAGGAUGAACACCACUUCCGAAAGCCAGCCAAUGAUAUUACGUCCCAGCUGGAGAUCAACUUUGGAGACCUGGGCCGUCCAGGCCGUGGGCGUGGAGGACCACGUGGUGGUCGGGGUGGUCGCGGUCGCGGCGAUGCCACUAGGCCGGCUCGUGGAGGAAGGACCGAUAAGUCAUCUGCGUCUGUGCCCAACGUGGACGACCCAGAGGCCUUCCCAGCCCUGGCUUAGGCCCCGGCUGCUCAAACCUACAGGAGCCUCCUGAGCACCUCCACUACGAGGCUUGCAUGUUCCUGGAUCCUUCAGCAAAGUGAAAUGAUGGAGAAGAACUGUCAUUAACUGUGGCACUCAAUGUGAGAACUGAGUUUUAUCCAAUAAAAACAAAACGAAGAUGGAAAAAAAAAACAGAAAAAAAAACAAAAAAAAACAAAGAAAAGGACUUCUUGCUACUCUGGAGCAACUUAUUGGUAGAGGUUUUGUACUUGGAAACAAAGUAGCAGGGAUGUUUUCAUACAGUAUUUUUUUCAGAGGUUAUGCAUUGUCCAUUGAUAAAUUUUUGUAAUUGCUGCUUGAAAAUAUGCAUUUGAAAUAUAAGCAUAAGAAGAGUAUGUUAAGCUCGGUGUGUGCCAUUGCUUGCUUGCUUUAAGAUAGGCAGUUGUGGAGCUCCAGCCCAAGCCCAUAGGCUCUGCCACACCUGGUGUUUCUGAUGAAGUUAGAGCUUCACUCAUUGAGAUUUAAGGAUUUUCUUUUUUUCGCACUGGGGUAUUGUUUUAUAUUUUAUACAGGAGGUCUAUUCUUCUACGAUCUUCGGCCUGUAAAUCUUAACUAUUUUCAUAAAUUCUUUCAGAGACUGUAUUUCACAUGGUGCAACUAGGACAUGACUUGAUCUAUGAUCAAGAGAUGCUUCCUACAUUUGAAUACAUUGAUGAAAUGGCGCUUGCAUCUGUAUUUAUUUUGUACAGAAAUGUUCUAGAGGAGGAACAUUAGGUCAUUUUUGGGGAACACAAGGUUAUUACUUUUCCUAAAUUUACAUUGAUCGUGAGAGGUUUGUUGACAGAUCAACUUGAAGGUGAAGUUUUUCCCAUGUGUUCUAAUUGGGUAGUGUUUCGGGUGCUGUUUCUCCCUGCCGUUUCAUCUAUGACAGCAAACCAUGUUCAGGUCAAUUAAUGCCUUUUUUUUUACUUUGAAGAUUAAUAUGGAGAGGAAGUGUUAUUACACAGUCCCCUGGAUUCCCUUAGACCUUUUGCGACUGUUUACACACUCCACUCAUGCAUCCUUUCAGAUGUAAACUCAGCCCAGCUUCAGUUUGUUUCUGCAGUCUGUUCUGUGCUGAUAUUUUCCUUACAAUGUUGACAUUGCCCUGUAGCUUUCACAGUGGCACCACUGCAUAAUUGCUCUGAAAGAAAUACAGUCGUUCAUUGUGUGGAACAACUGAAGUGCUCUACAGAUGUGUGAAUUCUAGCCCUGCUAUUAGACCUCUGUCGGUAAAUAAAGAUGGUCGAUACAUG